AUGAGCCGGUGUAUCAUGGCGACAUACGUGGAUAUUCUGAAGAGCGAGUUUCCCGAAAUUGACACCGAAGUGUUCGAAUAUAUCACGGGUAAGAGACUGUAAAUGAAUGGAGAGGGUGUGUGGAUCUCGUAGACUUUGAAAUGCCACGGUCUAGAUGAGUGGCGGACGGCUUCUUCUCCUCUUCCACGUGAAGUAAGGUUAGCUAGCAUAGCCGUCCCACAGAGUUGAGGCUCAGUCAAGCCAAGGCAGGAGAGACUAGCUAACAUGCUGGUAGUUAUUUUAUAAUCGGUCCGUUUGAACCACUAACCGGAUGAUCUAGGCUAACUAACUUAUUGCCAUGAAUUACUAGCCAACUAGCUGCUUCUGUGUACGUUUACUGACAUGUAAUAGUACAUGGGACUUAGUUAUAUAGCGCUUUAAGGACACAAAGUCGCAAAACAAAAAGAAUGGAGUCAAAACAUCAGCCUAAACAUGAACAAAGAGAGGGGUGGGCUCAAGGAAGGGAAAGCGUAAUCUAUUAGUGUAUGGGGAGGCUGGGGUUUGGAUAUGAGUCCGGUUUAAAUUGGGUUUUCACCAAUUCCGAAUUCGUCAGACGAAGGGGGCACGCGGUGCAAGGCGCAGGGGAUUGUGGGAAGGUGAGCGGCGAGAAUCGUACAAGCCGAGCGUUAGAAAAAGUUAUGCCUCGGUCACACCGACAGUCGUAGCAUUUUGAUACAUUAGAAGUACAUUCAUUUCCAAUGGAACGCUGCGUUUGUCUUGCAGCGUUGCAGAGCGUUCUGUGUGGUGCAUCGGAUUAAUCGAACAUACGUGUCAAAUGGUAUACAUAUACAACUUGACAGAAAUGGCAGCAGAAGGUGAAUGUUGAACUUUUAUUGCACACAUAUCUAGAUGAUGCUGCAUGACUACUUUAUGCAAAUUGCACGCUGCCACCGCUGCCAUUAACCAAUCAGGUGAGGAGCAAAUGUUUGCUUGAAAAUCUUCAGUUCAUGAAACAGUUCUGCCUGUCAUUUGUUCUGGUCUCCUGAGUGGCGCAGUGGUCUAAGGCACUGCAUCGCAGUGCUAACCGUGCCACUAGAGAUCCUGGUUCGAAUCCAGGCUCUGUCGCAGCCGGCCGCGACCGGGAGACUCAUGGGCGGCGCACAAUUGGCCCAGCGUCGUCCAGGGUAGGGGAGGGAAUGGCCGGUAGGGAUGUAGCUCAGUUGAUAGAGCAUGGCGUUUGUGGGUUCGAUUCCCACGGGGGGCCAGUAUAAAAAAAUAUGUAUUCACUAAUUGUAAGUCGCUCUGGAUAAGAGCGUCUGCUAAAUGACUAAAAUGUAAAUGUUCUGGGCAAGCAAAACCAAAAAAGAUGGAGGAAAGCCAAUCAUCGCUGUGUCUGGUUUUCCAAUUCUAUAUUAUGUCGCUUUGCUAGAUAGAAUACAGAGACAAAAUCAGAAGGUCAAUGGCAUUGAGGAGGAUUGUGGGUGAAGAGAGAUUUGCACAACAAUUAGUGCUGAGCGAUUACCCAAAAUGUCGGUUAUUUUUAUUUUAUUAAAUAACUAAUUGACUAAUGUCGGUUCAAUUAUUUGAAUUCCAUUUCAUUCAAUUUUUUUCUGUGAGCUCAAUGUGCACAUUGAACAGUUUUUCUCGAGAUAAAUCAGAUCCAUCCUAACUGUGUGAUGUAGUAGGGAGUUGUAUUUUCCAACAGGCCAAUAUUCUACAUAGUUUAGCGCAUAAUUAACUACAAUGACCAUAAUCCAUUGCGCAUCUACUUGUCUGGUCUGUGUUUCUUUUAGGCCUGCAAUGGAAGAGACAAAAGAAUGCGUGAUCGUGAGGGGAUAUAGAGAGCAUCUGUUGCUUCGCGAGGUAUCUCUACCUGAAAAUACCUGAUCUAAGUGAUUGAUAGUUGGUAUUCAGCAGUCAUAAAAGUAUGCUUUAUUUACUUUGAAGAACUACAAAAUUGUGAUUUAGUCAGACAGCAUAGGCAGCAGCUCUAUAGAGAUGAGAUGAUGACUUGGAAUGAAAUAAUAAAGUCAUCAAAUAAAACAAAUGUAAUAUACACAAACUGAAAUAUUUUAUUGAAGUGAAUAAAUUAUGGGUGAUAAGCAGUAAUGGGCAGUCACUACCAUCACGUGACUUUUUUUAUUAAUUGGUUUAUUUUCCUUUUUGAUUAUUUUUAAUUAGCUUACAAAUUGUCAUUUCCUUAUUUUUACAGUACUGAACAUAUAAUACAAGGGUUGGAUUGGCCUGUGGCCCUAGGGGGGUCUGUGGCUGCAUUGGCGAUGCCAAAUGAUAAGCUGCUAAAUGGAUUCUCGUAGCUGAUAUACUGAGAGAGAGUGACAAUCAAAUAAAACAGAUUGGAGAGCUCACAACUUGCCAAAAAGGUCAUGUUAGUUUGAGAAAGCAGAAAUUGACAAAAUAAAGACUGAUCACCUUCACCCCUUUUUAUUGCUGAAUUGUGAUCUGUAAUUAAUGAACAUCGACACUAGUUCAUCAUUAAUAUUAUCUUUAAGUUAAUAAUUUAAACAAAUUUAAACACUUCAAUUAAUCAACAUUGAAUGAAUCAACAUAUAAUUUCAAAAUGUACAAGUAAGUUAACUUGUUUGUAAAUGUUAGACAUCUUAGUAAGUACGCUAUUAUUACUAAAGCAUAAUCUUGGGUGAACUAAAAAAUUGUCCAUAGCAGAGGUGGCCAACCUUGCUCCACUCUCUAAACUAAUGAGUGAGCAGACUUCUAUUCCAUCCCAGCAAUAAUACACAUAUCAUUAGGUUUGAAGAGUUGAAUCAGGUGUGUUAGUGCUGGGCUGGAACAGAACCCUGCAUACCUACAUUUACAUUUUAGUCAUUUAGCAGAUGCUGUUAUCAAGCGUGAUUUACAGUUAGUGCAUUCAUCUUAGGAUAGCUACAGUGGGGAGAACAAGUAUUUGAUAAACUGCCUAUUUUGCACGUUUUCCUACUUACAAAGCAUGUAGAGGUCUGUAAUUUUUCAAAUCCAGAAAAUCACAUUGUAUGAUUUUUAAGUAAUUCAUUUGCAUUUUAUUGCAUGACAUAAGUAUUUGAUACAUCAGAAAAGCAGAACUUAAUAUUUGGUACAGGAACCUUUGUUUGCAAUUACAGAGAUCAUACGUUUCCUGUAGGUCUUGACCAGGUUUGCACACACUGCAGCAGGGAUUUUGGCCCACUCCUCCAUACAGACCUUCUCCAGAUCCUUCAGGUUUCGGGGCUGUCGCUGGGCAAUACAGACUUUCAGCUCCCUCCAAAGAUUUUCUAUUGGGUUCAGGUCUGGAGACUGGCUAGGCCACUCCAGGACCUUGAGAUGCUUCUUACGGAGCCACUCCUUAGUUGCCCUGGCUGUGUGUUUCGGGUCGUUGUCAUGCUGGAAGACCCAGCCACAACCCAUCUUCAGUGCUCUUACUGAGGGAAGGAGGUUGUUGGCCAAGAUCUCGCGAUACAUGGCCCCAUCCAUCCUCCCCUCAAUACGGUGCACUCGUCCUGUCCCCAUUGCAGAAAAGCAUCCCCAAAGAAUGAUGUUUCCACCUCCAUGCUUCACGGUUGGGAUGGUGUUCUUGGGGUUGUACUCAUCCUUCUUCUUCCUCCAAACACGGCGAGUGGAGUUUAGACCAAAAAGCUCUAUUUUUGUCUCAUCAGACCACAUGACCUUCUCCCAUUCCUCCUCUGGAUCAUCCAGAUGGUCAUUGGUAAACUUCAGACGGGCCUGGACAUGCGCUGGCUUGAGCAGGGGGACCUUGCGUGCGCUGCAGGAUUUUAAUCCAUGACGGCGUAGUGUGUUACUAAUGGUUUUCGUUGAGACUGUGGUCCCAGCUCUCUUCAGGUCAUUGACCAGGUCCUGCCGUGUAGUUCUGAGCUGAUCCCUCACCUUCCUCAUGAUCAUUGAUGCCCCACGAGGUGAGAUCUUGCAUGGAGACCCAGACCGAGGGUGAUUGACCGUCAUCUUGAACUUCUUCCAUUUUCUAAUAAUUGCGCCAACAGUUGUUGCCUUCUCACCAAGCUGCUUGCCUAUUGUCCUGUAGCCCAUCCCAGCCUUGUGCAGGUCUACAAUUUUAUCCCUGAUAUCCUUACACAGCUCUCUGGUCUUGGCCAUUGUGGAGAGGUUGGAUUCUGUUUGUGUGUGGACAGGUGUCUUUUAUACAGGUAACAAGUUCAAACAGGUGCAGUUAAUACAGGUAAUGAGUGGAGAACAGGAGGGCUUCUUAAAGAAAAACUAACAGGUCUGUGAGAGCUGGAAUUCUUACUGGUUGGUAGGUGAUCAAAUACUUAUGUCAUGCAAUAAAAUGCAAAUUAAUUACUUAAAAAUCAUACAAUGUGAUUUUCUGGAUUUUUGUUUUAGAUUCCGUCUCUCACAGUUGAAGUGUUCCUAUGAUAAAAAUUACAGACCUCUACAUGCUUUGUAAGUAGGAAACACUGCCGAUUUUGCAGGUUAUCAAAUACUUGUUCUCCCCACUGUAGUUGGGACGACCACAUAUCACAGGCAUAGGAAGUACAUUUUUCCUCAAAGUAGCUAUCAGUAGUCAGAGCUAGGGGGGAGGGGGUCAAGUGCAAGUGCUGGUUCAGAUUUUGUAUUUUUAUUUUGUGGGGGAGGUGAGAAGGGGGAUUAUUUAAGACACUGUUUGAACAGGUAGGGUUUCAGAAGAUGGGCAGGGACUCUGCUAUCCUAGCUUCAUGGGGGAGCUGGUUCCACCAUUGGGGUGCCAGGACAGAUAAAAGCUUGGACUGCGCUGAGCGGGAGCUGCCCUCCCGUAGGGGUGGAAGGCCCAUGUGACCUGAGGUGCCAGAAUGGAGUGCUUGGCUUGAGGUGUAGGGUUUGAGCAUAGCCUGAAGGUAGGGAGGGGCAGUUCCUCUUGCUGUUCCGUAGGUAAGCACCAUGGUCUUGUAGUGGAUGUGAGCUUCGACUGGAUGCCAGUUGAGUGUGCAGAGGAGCGGGGUGAAAUGGGAGAACUUGGGAAGGUUGAAACCAGACUGGAUGUAGUGUUCUGGAUAAGUUGCAGGGUUUUGAUGGCAUAAGCGGGGAGCCCAGCCAACAGUGAGUUGCAGUAGUCCAGAUGGGAGAGGACAAGUGCCUGGAUUAGGACCUGCGCUGCUUCCUGUGUGAGGUAGGGUUGUGCUCUACGGAUGUUGUAGAGCAUGAACCUGCAGGAGCGAGUCACUGCUUUGAUGUUUGCAGAGAACGACAGGGUGUUUUCCAGGGUCAUGCCAAGGUUCUUUGCACUCUGGGAGGGUGACACUGGAGUUGUCAAGGUCUUUGAGUGGAAAGGCCUUCCAUCGGGAGGAAAGCAGCUCCGUCUUGUCAAGGUAGAGCUUGAUGUGGUGGGCCGACAUCCAAGCUGAGAUAUCUGCCAGGCACGCAGAAAUGCGUGUCGCCACCUGGGUGUCAGAAGGGUGGAAAGGAGGAAAGUAGUUGUUUUAUUUAUUUAACCAGGUAAGCCAGUUGAGAACAAGUUCUCAUUUACAACUGCGACCUGUCCAAGAUAAAGCAAAGCAGUGCGAUUUAAAAACAACAACACGGAGUUACACAUGGGAUAAAACAAAACCUACUGUCAAUAACACAAUAGAAAACUAUACAGUGUGUGCAAAUGUAGUAAGUUAUGGAGGUAAGGCAAUUAAUAUGCCAUAGUGCAAAAUAAUUACAAUUUAGUAUUAACACCAAUUUUUAAGUCGCUCUGGAUAAGAGCGUCUGCUAAAUGAUGUAAAUGUAAAUGUAACACUGGAAUGAUAGUUGUGCAGAAGAUGUGCAAAUAGAGAUACUGGGGUGCAAAUGAGCAAAAUAAAAAACAAUAUGGGGAUGAGAUAGUUGGGUGGGAUAAUUACAGAUGGGCUGUGUACAGGUGCAGUGAUCGGUAAGCUGCUCUGACAACUGAUGCUUAAAGAUAGUGAGGGAGAUAAGUGUCUCCAGAUUCAGAGAUUUUUGCAGUUCUUUCCAGUCAUUGGCAGCAGAGAACUGGAAGGAAUGGCGGCCAAAGGAGGUGUUGGCUUUGGGGAUGACCAGUGAGAUAUACCUGCUGGAGCGCAUACUACGGGUGGGUGUUGCUAUGGUGACCAAUGAGCUAAGAUAAGGCGGGGAUUUGCCUAGCAGUGAUUUAUAGAUGACCUGGAGCCAGUGGGUUUGGCGACGAAUAUGUAGUGAGGGCCAGCCAACGAGAGCGUACAGGUCACAAUGGUGGGUAGUAUAUGGGGCUUUGGUGACAAAACGGAUGGCACUGUGAUAUGCUACAUCCAAUUUGCUGUGUAGAGUGUUGGAAGCUAUUUUGUAAAUGACAUCGCUGAAGUCAAGGAUCGGUAGGAUAGUCAGUUUUACGAGGGCAUGUUUGGCAGCAUGAGUGAAGGAGGCUUUGUUGCGAAAUAGGAAGCCGAUUCUAGAUUUAACUUUGGAUUGGAGAUGCUUAAUGUGAGUCUGGAAGGAGAGUUUAUGGUCCAACCAGACACCUAGGUAUUUGUAGUUGUCCACAUAUUCUAAGUCAGAGAGUUAGUGAUUCUAGUCGGGCAGACGUGUGCAAGCAGCGUUCGAUUGAAGAGCAUGCAUUUAGUUUUACUAGUGUUUAAGAGCAGUUGGAGGCUACGGAAGGAGUGUUGUACGGCAUUAAAGCUCGUUUGAGGUUUGUUAACACAGUGUCCAAUGAAGGGCCAGAUGUAUACAAAAUGGUGUCUGCAUAGAGGUGGAUCUGAGAGUCACCAGCAGCAAGAGCGACAUCAUUGAUAUACACAGAGAAUAGAGUCAGCCAGAGAAUUGAACCCUGUGGCACCCCCAUAGACUGCCAGAGGUCCAUACAACAGGCCCUCCGAUUUGACACAUUGAACUCUAUGUGAGAAGUAGUUGGUGAACCAGGCAAGGCAGUCAUUUGAGAAACCAAGGCUAUUUAGUCUGCCAAUAAGAAUGCGGUGAUUGACAGAGUCGAAAGCCUUGGCCAGGUCGAUGAAGACAGCUGCACAGUACUGUCUUUUAUCAAUCGCGGUUAUAAUAUCGUUUAGGACCUUUAGCGUGGCUGAGGUGCACCCAUGACCAGCUUGGAAACCAGAUUGCAUAGCGGAGAAGGUAUGGUGGGAUUCGAAAUGGACGGUGAUCUGUUUGUUAACUUGGCUUUGAAAUACUUUCGAAGGGCAGGGCAGGAUGGAUAUAGGUCUAUAACAGUUUGGAUCUAGAGCGUCACCCCCUUUGAAAAGGGGGAUGACCGCAGCAGCUUUCCAAUCUCUGGGGAUCUCAGAUGAUACAAAAGAGAGGUUGAACAGGCUAGUAAUAGGGGUUGCUACAAUUUCGGCAGCUAAUUUUAGAAAGAAAGGGUCCAGAUUGUCUAGCCCAGCUGAUUUGUAGGGGUCCCUAAAACACUUCAGCGAGCAGGCCUUUCUAAUUGACCUGGCCCGGGUAUCCUGGAUGGAUAUUGACCUCAUUCCGUCAGUAAAGGAUGCCUGAUUGUUCUUUAAAAGUGCUUUCCUCUCCAUCUUAAAUAAGCAUACCCCAUUCAAAAAAUUCCAAACUAAGAACAGAUAUAACCCCUGGUUCACCCCAGACUUCACUGCCCUUGACCAGCACAAAAACAUCCAGAGCUGGUGGCCGGGGUAGGGGUAGCCAGGUGGAAAGCAUGGGCAGCCGUAGCAAAAUGCUUAUUGAAAUUCUCGAUUAUUGUAGAUUUAUCGGUGGUGACAGUGUUUCCUAGCCUCAGUGCAGUGGGCAGUGGGCAGCUGGGAGGAGGUGCUCUUAUUCUCCAUGGACCUUACAGGGUCCCAAAACUUUUUGGAGUUAGUGCUACAGGAUGCAAAUUUCUGUUUCAAAAAGCUAGCCUUUGCUUUCCUAACUGAUUGUGUAUAUUGGUUCCUGACUUCCCUGAAAAGUUGCAUAUCAUGGAUGUUUUUGUGCUGGUCAAGGGCAGUGAAGUCUGGGGUGAACCAGGGGUUAUAUCUGUUCUUAGUUUGGAAUUUUUUGAAUGGGGCAUGCUUAUUUAAGAUGGAGAGGAAAUUACUUUUAAAGAACAACCAGGCAUCCUUUACUGACGGAAUGAGGUCAAUAUCCAUCCAGGAUACCCGGGCCAGGUCAAUUAGAAAGGCCUGCUCGCUGAAGUGUUUUAGGGAGCGUUUGACAGUGAUGAUGGGUGGUCGUUUGACCGCGGACCCGUUACGGACGCGGGCAAUGAGGCAGUGAUCGCUGAGAUCCUGGUUGAAGACAGCGGAGGUGUAUAUAGAGGGUAAAUUAGUCAGGAUGAUAUCGAUGAGGGUGCCCGUGUUUACGGAUUUAGGGUUGCUCCUGGUAGGUUCCUUGAUAAUUUGUGUGAGAUUGAGGGCAUCUAGUUUAGAUUGUAGGACGGCCAGGGUGUUAAACAUAUCCCAGUUUAGGUCACCAAGCAGUACGAACUCUGAGGAUAGAUGGGGGGCAAGCAAUUCACAUAUGGUGUCCAGGGCACAACUGGGGGCUGAAGGGGGGUAACAGUGAGAGACUUAUUUCUGGAGAGGUGGAUUUUUAUAAGUAGAAGCUCAAACUGUUUGGGCACAGCCCUGGAUAGUAUGCUAGAGCUCUGCAGGCUAUCUCUACAGCAGAUUGCAACUCCGCCCCCUUUGGCAGUUUUAUCUAGACGGAAAAUGUUGUAGUUGGUGAUGGAAAUGUCAGAGUUUUUGGUGGUCUUCCUAAGCCAGGAUUCAGACACCGCUAGAACAUCAGGGUUGGCGGAGUGUGCUAACGCAGUGAGUAACUCAAACUUAGGGAGGAGGCUUCUGAUGUUAACAUACAUAAAACCAAGGCUUUUACGGUUACUGAAGUCAACAAAUGAAGCGCCUGGGGAGUAGGAGUGAUACUGGGGGCUACAAGGCCUGGGUUAACCUCUACAUCACCAGAGGAACAGAGGAGGAGUAGAAUAAGGAUAUGGCUAAAGGCUUUAAGAACUGGUCUUCUAGUGCGUUGGGUACAGAGAAUUAAAGGGCAGAUUUCCUGGCGUUGUAGAAUAGAUUCAGGGCAUUAUGUACAGACAAGGAUAUGGAAGGAUAUGAGUACAGUGGAGGUAAACCAAAGCAUUGGGUAACGAUGAAAGAGAGCAUCACUGGAGGUACCGAUUGAGCCGGUCUCCGCGUGUAUGGGAGGUGGGACAAAGGAGCUCUCUGAGGCUGGUUGAGCGGUACUGGGGGCUCUACAGUGAAAUUGUAUAAUAAGAACUAACCGGAACAGCAAUAGGCAAGGCAUAUUGACAUGGGAGAGAGGCAUAAAGCAAUCACAGGUAUUUUUCGAGAGAGCUAAGACAGCAACUGGUAAUGGCGACGAAGGUUGGGGAGAGGCUAAACAGGACAGAUAAACAGGAUGGGGGUACCGUGUAAAGGAACAGUCCAGCAGGCAUCAGCUGUGCAGCUGUGAGUGAUCAUAUGGUCCAGUGAACAGCAAUAGGUGAGACCGGGAGCCGUUCGAAUGGCUGCUACAGCACAGGCGAGCAGGAAGCACGGCUGUUGAUUGCGUGUGCUAGCGGGCCGGGGCUAGCAGAUGGUUCUUCGUGGUCGCCGCAACGGGAAGCCUUUUGAAACCACAUCAGACGAUUACGUCGGCAGACCAGUCGUGAUGGAUCGGCGGGGCUCUGUGUCGACACUAGGAGGUCCUGUCUGGUUGACAGAGACUUGGAUAGCCGGGAGAUGGGCCUGGCUCGAGGCUAGCUCAAGGCUAACUGGUGCUUGCUUCGGGGGCAGUGGUCAUUAGCCAACAACAUCCAUUCGGUUGCAGCUAGCUAGUCGCGAUGAUCCGGUGUUAAGGUCCAGUGUAUCAGUGAUUCCGGGAGAAAAUCCGAUAUGUUCUUAGUCGAUAGCGCGCUGUGCAGACUGGCCGAUAAUAGUCCAGGCUAGAGCUGGCUGGUAGGUAGUGCAGGCCACGGACAAUGGUGAAAACCGCUAACGGUGGCUAAUAGCAAGUAGCUAGUUAGCUGGCUAGUUUCAACUGGAGGUUCUGGAUAAAAAGGUAAAAUAAAUAAUAGAAUCUGUUCCACUUUGGGUGAGGCGGGUUGCAGAAAAGUAUAUUAGUUGAAGGAUGAAAAGUGUGAUUGAGAAAUAUAUACGAAAGAGAAAAAAACAAAAAAAACAGGUUAUUUACACGGACACACUACAGAGUACACGACCACACUUCUACGCCAUCUUGGAACAUCUGCAUAGCAAUGAUAGGAGAAACCAUGUGAGGAUCUGACGGAGCCAAGUGACUUUGUGUAUAGAGAGAAGAGGAGAGGGCCUAGAACCUAGCCCUGGGGUACGUGGUGCAGACAGAUUCUCUUCACGUCACCUGGUAGGAGCGGCCUGCCAGGUAGGACCCAAUCAAAGAGUGUGCAGAGCCUGAGACGCCCAGCCCUGAGAGGGUGGAGAGGAGGCUCUGAUGCAUCAUGGUGUCGAAGGCAGCGGAUAGAGCUAGGAGGAUGGGAACAGAGGAGAGAGGGUUAGACUUUGGAAGUGCGGAGAGCCUUUGUGACAAAGAGAGAGCAGUUUCGGUUGAGUGACCCGUCUUGAAGCCUGACUGGUUAGGGUCAAGAAGAUUGUUCUUAGAGAGAUAGCGAGAAAGUUAAUCAGAGAGAGCGCGCUCAAGUGUUUUGGAAAGAAAACAGGUCUAUAGUUCUUCACGUCAGAUGAGUCGAAUUUUGGUUUCUUGAGGAGGGGAACGACUCAGGACAUUUUGAAGUCAGAGAACGCAGCCAGUGGUCAGGGAUGAGGGAAGUGAGGAAUGGUAGAAAGUCUGGAGAAGGGAGGAGGGGAUGGGGUCGAUUUCAUCUGGAGAGAGCGGGGAGAAAGCAGUCAAGGCGUAGGGUAGUUCUGUGUGAGUGAGACCAGUGGACUCAAUGGGCUGAGUGGAUGAGUAGCGGAUGUCGUCAACCUUCUUUUCAAAGUGGUUGACAAAGUCGUCGCAGAGAGGUGGGGGGGGGGGGGGGCGGGGGGUGGAGGAUUAAGGAGGGAGGAGAAGUUGUAAAAUAGUUUCCUAGGGUUAGAGGCAGAAGCUUGAAAUUUAGAGUGGUAGAAAGUGGCUUUAGCAGCGGACACAGAGGAAGAGAAGGUAGAGAGGAGGGAGUGAAAGGAUGAUAGGUCCUCCGGAAGUUUCGUUUUCCUCCAUUUUCGCUCUGCUGCCCGCAGCCCUGUUCUGUAAGCUCGCAAUGAGUCACUCAGCCAUGGAGCUGGAGGGGAGGGCCAAGCCUGCCGGGAGGAAAGGUGACAGUGCGAGUCAUAGAAUGCGGAACGGGAGGAGAGUAGGGUCGAAGAGGCAGAAUCAGGAGACAGGAGGGAGAAGGAUUUAGCAGAAAGGAGAGAUGAUAGGAAAGAGUAGUGGGAGAGAGAGCGAAGAUUGCGAAGGCACAUGACCAUCUGGGUUAGGGGCUGAGUGGUUAGGGUUGAAGGAAAGGGAGACAGAAAGGGAAACAAAGUAGUGAUCAGAGACCUGGAGGUUGCAGUGAGAUUAGUAGUAGAGCAGCCUCUAGUAAAGAUGAGGUCAAGCGUAUUGCCUGCCUUGUGAGUUGAAGGUGAUUGGGAAAGGUUGAGGUCAAAAAGGCAAGGAGGAGAAAGAGAGAAUUGGAAAGAAAUGAAUCAAAGGCAGACGUCGGGAGGUUGAAGUCGCCAAGGACGAAGAGCGGUGAGCCAUCGUCAGGAAAUUAGCUUAUCAAGGUGUCAAGCUCAUUGAGGAACUCUCGAAGGGCAGCUGGUGGGCGAUAGAUGAGGAUUGGCCAGCUCCAGUUGUAAUACGUUUGUAGCCUACGUUGUGUGUAUUGUUAUAUACAACAUUUGCUAACAUAAGUACACAUACAACCCAUGGCAUACAAGGAUGUGCAGCAGGGUUUCAGUCAGGAAAAUGUGGCGCCUGACAACGUGACCGGGAAGAUAUUAAUUUACCGGCCAUUUGAGACAUCUACCAGGCCAAUAUGCAUUGGGUGCAUAAACCAUUAGGGCAUCCACCCACCAUGCUCAGAAUGACAGAAAUCACAUUUCAAUUAUGGUAAUUCAUCUUAACAUACCGUGCAACUCCUGUAAUGAAGCAGCCAAUAAAACAUUGUUUUCAAACAUUUGCUAUAUAUGACAGAGAUGAAAAUCUGUUAACUUAGAAAGAGGGUGAAUCUAAAGAUGCAACAGCUAAUUUAGGAUGGGUUGCUAAUAUGACUGCCUUUUUGCUUCUGGACAAUGAAAGACAGUUUAUGAAAACCAAUAGAACAGGAGAGAAAUGGCAUGUGAGGAAGUCUUUCAUAGGCAGCUUGCGUGGCAAAAGGCCUAGCUGAUUAUUGAUUUGCGACUGUCAGUGAAAAACAUCAAAAAUAUGUUGUUUCAUUGUGUGAAAUGUUUGCCCUUUGAUUGUUUAUUUUUAUUAAUUCCCUAUUACAUGUCACCAAUAGUAAAUGUACCAUUAAUCCCCAUCAUCUGGUUACAUUAAUUUUUGUUAAUGCAUUAUAUUACUAAUUAGGACUACAGUUAUUUACCGUUCUCAUUCUCGGAGUGGAAACUUUGUUUUGCAGAGUUCACAACCUGCUACACACUUGUGAGAAUCAAGUUUUGGUUUAUUUCAUAACCAUCAUUUAUGACUUGUACAGUUUUUCAUUGUCUUUUGUUUGGAGUGCUCCAUGUGAGCAAUGAUCAUGGGUCUGGUUUCUGUCUUGUUCAUGUUCAGGGAGUGCGCAUGCGCCUGAGCACACAUUUAUCAAUUUUAAAUUCAGGCUGUAACAGCAAAAUGUAGAAAAAGUCAAGGGGUUUGAAUCUUUUCUGAAGGCAGUGGCUAUAUGUGUUGGUAAUUGACAGGCUUUGACUCACUCCUCAGAAAAGCACACCUCCAUAGGAAUGAAUGGAAUUCUACAGUAUUUGAAUUAAUUAUUUCAAGGACAAAAUUACAGGUAUUUAAGUAUUUUUUAUGUUGUAGUGGGGACAGUUACAUUAGUAUACUUUAAGGAUUUUUUAUGUUUAGCUCACAUAAUAUAAUUUAAAAGUAUGCAUUAAGGUGUCUGUAAUAUAACUAACGUGGCAAAACAAAUGUAGACAUUAAUACAUCUAAUUAGCAUAAUACAACAAUCCCAAUCAAGAUCCGUCAAUUUAAGCUAGAGAUACAUUUGUGUAUGUAUAAUGUAUGUUGACACCCCUUCAAAUGAGUAGAUUCGGCUAUUUCAGCCACACCCAUUGCUGACAGGUGUAUAAAAUCGAGCACACAGCCAUUCAAUCUCCACAGACAAACAUUGGCAGAAGAAUGGCCUUACUGAAGAGCUCAGUGACUUUCAAAGUGGCACCGUCAUAGGAUGCCACCUUUCCAACAAGGCAGUUUGACAAAUAUCUGCCCUGCUAGAGCUGCCCCGGUCAACUGUAAGUUCUGUUAUUGUGAAGUGGAAACGUCUAGGAGCAACAUCGGCUCAGCCACGAGCUGGUAGGUCACACAAGCUCACAGAACGGGUCUGCCAAGUGCUGAAGUGCAUAAAAAUCGUCUGUCCUCGAUUGCAAAACUCACUACCGAGUUCCAAACUGCCUCUGGAAGCAACGUCAGCACAAUAACUGUUCGUCGGGAGCUUCAUGAAAUAGGUUUCCAUGGCCGAGCAGCCACACACAAGCCUAAGAUCACUAUGCACAAUGCUAAGCGUUGGCUUGAGUGGUGUAAAGCUCGCCACCAUUGGACUCUGGAGCAUUGGAAACGCAUUCUCUGGAGUGAUGAAUCAUGCUUCAACUUCUGGCAGUCCAACAGAUGAAUCUGGGUUUGGCGGAUGCCAGGAGAACGCUACCUGCCUGAAUGCAUAGUGCCAACUGUAAAGUUUGGUGGAGGAGGAAUAAUGUUCUGGGGCUGUUGUUCAUGGUUUGCGCCCCUUAGUUCCACCCCAUCGAACACCUUUGGGAUGAAUUGGAACGCCGACUGCGAGCCAGGCCUAAUCGCCCAACAUCAGUGCCGAACAUCACUAAUGCUCCUGUAUCUGAAUGGAAGCAAGUCCCCGCGGUAAUGUUCCAACAUCUAGUGGAAAGCCUUCCCGGAAGAGUGGAGGCUGUUCUAGGAGCAAAGGGGGCGACCAACUCCAUAUUAAUGCCCAUGAUUUUGGAAUGAGAUGUUCGACGAGCUGGUGUCCACAUACUUUUGGUCAUGUAGUGCAUCUGUUUUUUUUUGCAUUGGGUGCGUCUCAAUGCACCGCAUCCGCCUAUGUCACACUUCUGUAUCUGCGGUGAAAGGUGACACAGCUAGAGCUGUGUUUGUCAGGCCAUGAGACGUCCCGAAAAUAAGUAUUCUCACAAAAACGUCUAUACCGUCUGAUUUUGGAAAUAUGAGACUCACGAACACGUACAGUUGAAGUCGGAAGUUUACAUACACUUAGGUUGGAGUCAUUAAAACUAGUUUCUCAACCACUCCACACAUUUCUUGUUAACAAACUAUAGUUUUGGCAAGUCGGUUAGGACAUCUAAUUUGUCCAACAAUUGUUUACAGACAGAUUAUAUCACUUAUAAUUCACUGUAUCACAAUUCCAGUGGGUCAGACGUUUACAUACACUAAGUUGACUGUGCCUUUAAACAGCUUGGAAAAUUCCAGAAAAAGAUGUCAUGGCUUUAGAAGCUUCUGAUAGGCUAAUUGACAUCAUUUGAGUCAAUUGGAGGUGUACCUGUGGAUGUAUUUCAAGGCCUACCUUCAAACUCAGUGCCUCUUUGCUUGACAUCAUGUGAAAAUCAAAAGAAAUCAGCCAAGACCUCCAAGUCUGGUUGAUCCUUGGGAGCAAUUUCCAAACACCUGAAGGUACCACGUUCAUCUGUACAAACAAUAGUACGCAAGUAUAAACACCAUCGGACCACACAGCCGUCAUACCGCUCAGGAAGGAGAUGCGUUCUGUCUCCUAGAUAUGUUUGGAGGAAAAAGGGAAGGCUUGCAAGCCAAAGAACACCAUCCCAACCGUGAAGCACGGGGGUGGCAGCAUCAUGCUUUGGGGGUGCUUUGCUGCAGGACUGGUGCACCAUGAGGAAGGAACAUUAUGUGGAUAUAUUGAAGCAACAUCUCAAGACAUCAGUCAGGAAGUUUAAGCUUGGUCGCAAAUGGGUCUUCCAAAUGGACAAUGACCCCAAGCAUACUUCCAAAGUUGUGGCAAAAUGGCUUAAGGACAACAAAGUCAAGGUAUUGGAGUGUCCAUCACAACGCCCUGACCUCAAUCCUAUAGAAAAUGCGUGGGCAGAACUGAAAAAGCGUGUGCAAGCAAGGAGGCCUACAAACCUGACUCAGUUACACCAGCUCUGUCAGGAGGAAUGGGCCAAAAUUCACCCAACUUAUUGUGGGAAGCUUGUGUAAGGCUACCCGAAACAUUUUACCCAAGUUAAACAAUUUAAAGGCAAUGCUACCAAAUACUAAUUGAGGGUAUGUAAACUUCUGACCCACUGGGAAAGUGAUGAAAGAAAUAAAAGCUGAAAGAAAUCAUUCUCUCUACUAUUAUUCUGACAUUUCACAUUCUUAAAAUAAAGUGGUGAUCGUAACUGACCUAAGACUGGGAAUCUUUACUAGGAUUAAAUUUCAGGAAUUGUGAAAAACUGAGUUUAAAUGUAUUUGGCUAAGGUGUAUGUAAACUUUCGACUUCAACUGUACAUGUCGUUUGGCCGCACAAUAAUCUAUGGACAUACUGUCUAUAAGGAGACUGUUUAGUGACAUACAUGUUAAUUGUUUUAAAUACAAAAAUCCUGAUCUUUCUUAUAUCUCUCAGAUUUAGGAUAGACACUGAAGAACAAGCUUCCUUUAGAUUUUUUUGGGGGGACUAUCUGUUGUUCCAUGUAGUGAAUCUGUUAUUCAAUGUGUUUGUAUGGGCUAAUAGCACUAAGGCCCAACAUUUAUUUUUCUUCAAAUAGUUUUUUGGUACUUCAAGGGGUCCUAAAAUUCUAAAUCAAAUAGCGAAAUGCUCCUUAGUAUGACCAUAUUAAAACAAUCUCAACAAUUCCCCCCCCCCCCCCCCCCGUCUCAGGCUUAAAGGGUUACUACACGCAAAAGGUCUCCUGAUGUGGUUUAAAGGGAUAAUUCAGGAUUAUCUACUUCCCCAGAGUCAGAUGAACUCGUGGAAACCAUUUUUAUGUCUAUGUGUCCAGUAUGAAGGAAGUUAGAGUAUUAGCGUUAGCCAUAGUCUUCCAAUCAUUGCGCUAUCUGCUAGCAUGCUUGUAUGCCAGAUAAUGUGAUAUAACCAAAGAUUUUUGGUGUCCAUUACUGGGCGUUACAGGAAAGCCCCAUACAAACUACCAUCAACGAAAUUCCAGUUGCAGGUGGUGCUACAAAAACCACAGAAAAUUCAGAAAAAUAUUAAAUGCAUGUUUUGCGCUGCUUGAUGUUGUUCCUUGCCAUCAUAGCUGCUGCACAUCCAGCAUUUCCCAGCAUCUUUGAAGGAACUAGUCGUUUCUCUGCGGCGUGGCCACGUGUAGAAGUAGAUGACGAUGCGUCACACUGUGCGACCAAAACCUAGAUCUACACACGUGCAAGAGGCAUAUCUCAUUCGAUACAAAAGAUGGAUUGAAUAUCUUUCUAUGGAAUUUUCUAUGGUUUUUGUAGAACCACCUGCAACUGGAAACGGACAUUUCUAAGAUACUUUUUUCGAGAACUAAGAAAGUAUCGCCAAGAACAGGUUAGUCGAAAAAUCUCUGCCGGUGGUUUGUAUGGGGCUUUCCUGUAACGCCCAGUAAUGGACACAAAAAUGUUUGUACACCAGAUAAUGUGAUAUUACCAAUCUGUAGCUAUCAUUUCACAUGCCAUUUAUGGAGCAUGAGCGCAUGAAGUUGUCAAGAGCACAAACAGAUCUGGCACCAGGUUAAGUCUAGCUGCUUACAAGUCUGCUUCAUGAUAUCAUUUUGUGUUGUGUCCCUCCCAAAGUGUGUGUCACUUGUAGAUUCUCAGACAAAGUAAGAUUGUAUCCUGAGCCGUGUUCAGUAGCUGAAAGUUGAAUAGAGACAACAUGAUUCCUUAUUAUACAUGUCAGAGGUCCACAUUAUUAGCAUUUUUCUAUCUGAAAUGUUACAAAAGUUGCAUUCUUCUGAAUGCGCCCCUGAUUUAUAUCCUGUGUGAUAGGUGUGUUGGACUGUGGAGGGGCGGAGUUUGAGGAUGGAGAGGAGGUGUAUGACGCGAUUGGAGGACUGCUGCAGGGGUCGUCGGCUGACUGUAAAAACGAGGAUGACAUCCGGGACAUCUGUCAGCAGAUGUUCAACACUCUUAAACUGUAAGUGCAACACACACACACACACACACACACACACACACACACAACCUUAACACCCACCUCUUUCACAACCAGUGUACAACACAAAAAUUAACUAAUUGUCACACACCAAAAGCUAAUAUUUUAUGUAAUUCGCUUGCUGAUUCAUCAAAAAUAUACUCUCUUAUGUCUUUUCCAUCAGGAGUAACGGCCAUGCCGGUUCAAAGCAAGUGCUGCUCGACGCUCCGGUGCAGUUGUCUCAGAUAUCUGCGGAGUGUGGUAAGUGCCUUGUCUGCAGGAAGACUAAGGUCGUCCUCUUUGUUGUCAGCUUUAUGGUCCAGUAUACAGAUGUGUAUAUGUAGCGAUGUACAGUUGAAGUCGGAAAUGUACAUACACCUUAGCCAAAUACAUUUAAACAACGUUUUUCACAAUUCCUGACAUUUAAUCCUAGUAAAAAUUUACUGUUUUAUGUCAGUUAGAAUCACCACGUUAUUUUAAGAAUGUGAAAUGUCAGAAUAAUAUUAGAGAAUUAUUUAUUUCAGCUUUUAUUUCUUUUAUCACAUUCCCAGUGGGUCAGAAGUUUACAUACACUCAAUUAGUAUUUGGUAGCAUUGCCUUUAAAUUGUUUAACUUGGGUAAAAUGUUUCGGGUAGCCUUACACAAGCUUCCCACAAUAAGUUGGGUGAAUUUUGGCCCAUUCCUCCUGACAGAGCUGGUGUAACUGAGUCAGGUUUGUAGGCCUCCUUGCUUGCACACGCUUUUUCAGUUCUGCCCACGCAUUUUCUAUAGGAUUGAGGUCAGGGCGUUGUGAUGGACACUCCAAUACCUUGACUUUGUUGUCCUUAAGCCAUUUUGCCACAACUUUGGAAGUAUGCUUGGGGUCAGUGUCCAUUUGGAAGACCCAUUUGCGACCAAGCUUAAACUUCCUGACUGAUGUCUUGAGAUGUUGCUUCAAUAUAUCCACAUAAUUUUCCUUCCUCAUGAUGCCAUCUAUUUUGUGAAGUGCACCAUUCCCUCCUCCAGCAAAGCACCCCCACAGCAUGAUGCUACCACCCCCUGUGCUUCACGGUUGGGAUGGUGUUCUUUGGCUUGCAAGCCUUCCCCUUUUUCCUCCAAACAUAACGAUGGUCAUUAUGCCCAAACAGUUAUAUUUUUGUUUCAUCAGACCAGAGGACAUAUCUCCAAAAAGUACGAUCUUUGUCCCCAUUUGCAGUUGCAAACCGUAGUCUGGCUUUUUUAUGGCGGUUUUGGAGCAGUGGCUUCUUCCUUGCUGAGUGGCCUUUCAGGUUAUGUCGAUAUAGGACUCGUUUUACUGUGGAUAUAGAUACUUUUGUACCUGUUUCCUCCAGCAUCUUCACAAGGUCCUUUGCUGUUGUUCUGGGAUUGAUUUGCACUUUUUGCACCAAAGUACGUUCAUCUCUAGGAGACAGAACGCGUCUCCUUCCUGAACGGUAUGACGGCUGCGUGGUCCCAUGGUGUUUAUGCUUGCGUACUAUUGUUUGUACAGAUGAACGUGGUACCUUCAGGCAUUUGGAAAUUGCUCCCAAGGAUGAACCAGACUUGUGGAGGUCUACAAUUUCUUUUCUGAGAUCUUGGCUGAUUUCUUUUGAUUUUCCCAUGAUGUCAAGCAAAGCGGCACUGAGUUUGAAGGUUGGCCUUGAAAUACAUCCACAUGUACACCUCCAAUUGACUCAAAUGAUGUCAAUUAGCCUAUCAGAAGCUUCUAAAGCCAUGACAUCAUUUUCUGAAAAUUUCCAAGCUGUUUAAAGGCACAGUCAACUUAGUGUAUGUGAACUUCUGACCCACUGGAAUUGUGAUACAGUGAAUUAUACGUGAAAUAAUCUGUCUGUAAACAAUUGUUGGAAAAAUUACUUGUGUCAUGCACAAAGUAGAUGUCCUAACCGACUUGCCAAAACUAUAGUUUGUUAACAAGAAAUUUGUGGACUGGAUCAACAACAAGUUUUCAUGACUCCAACCUAAGUGUAUGUAAACUUCCGACUUCAACUGUAUAUGUUUGAUAUUCAUUCUGGUAGCCUGUAAUUGUCUUGUCUACUGUUUUUAGACCUUCAUCUUUCCCGUCCUCUACUGCUCAACCUUCCUAUUUUCUCUACCAUUUCUAUCCUAUGUCUUCUUAAUAUCCUCCCUGACUUAUUGUUGCAUCUCAUUCCCUCGUCUCAGUAUCUGCCACUAACGAUGUCCAAGGGAUCUGGAUGAUGAAGAGGGGCCAGAAUACAGUAAAGUAUUUUUGUUGCAUCGUAUUUUCUUGUGUAUUAUGUCCUUUGCACCUAUGUUUUUCUCCUGUCAACUUCAUCCACUUUGUCUUCUUACGCAUACACACACACCACCACCACCAUCUCAGACUGUGGACGCGAGGAAGCUAGAGAAGGCCGAAGCCAAGCUGAAGCAAAAACAAGGGAGGAGGAAUGAACGGGAUUCGCAAAAAACGACUGGUCCACUGUGAGUUUCAUAUGCUUUUCAUCUACACCCGAAGACUAUGCUAACAGUUUAUCGUUGGCAGUGGUGGAAAAAGUACCCAAUUGUCAUACUUGAGUAAAAGUAAAGAUACACUACCGUUCAAAAGUUUGGGGUCACUUAGAAACGUCCUUGUUUUCCAUGAAAACAUACAUGAAAUGAGUUUUAAUAGGAAAUAUAGCAAAAAGCAUAGGAAAUGUAGUCAUUUCACAAGGUUAGAAAUAAUGAUUUUUACUUGAAAUAAUAAUUGUGUUCUUCAAACUUUGCUUUCGUCAAAGAAUACUCCAUUUGCAGCAAUUACAGCCUUGCAGACCUUUGGCAUUCUAGUUGUACAUUUGUUGAGGUAAUCUGAAGAGAUUUCACCCCAUGCUUCCUGAAGCACCUCCCACAAGUUGGAUUGGGUUGAUGGGCACUUCUUACGUCUCAUACGGUCAAGCUGCUCCCCCAACAGCUCAAUAGGGUUGAGAUCCAGUGACUUUGCUGGCCACUCCAUUAUAGACAGAAUACCAGCUGACUGCUUCUUCCCUAAAUAGUUCUUGCAUAGUUUGGAGCUGUGCUUUGGGUCAUUGUCCUGUUGUAGGAGGAAAUUGGCUCCAAUCAAGCGCCGUCCACGGGGUAUGGCAUGGCGUUGCAAAAUGGAGUGAUAGCCUUCCUUCUUCAAGAUCCCUUUUACCCUGUACAAAUCUCCCAAUUUACCACCACCAAAGCACCCCCAGACCAUCACAUUGCCUCCACCAUGCUUGACAGCUGGCAUCUAGCACUCCUCCAGCAUCUUUUCAUUUGGUCUACGUCUCACAAAUUUUCUUUGUGAUCCGAACACCUCAAACUUUGAUUAGUCUGUCCAUUACACUUUUUUUCCAUACUUCCUCUGUCCAGUGUCUGUUCUUUUGCCCAUCUUAAUCUUUUCUUUUUAUUGGCCAGUCUGAGAUAUGGCUUUUUCUUUGCGACUCUGCCUAGAAGGUCAGCAUCCCGGGGUCGCCUCUUCACUGUUGACGUUGAGACUGGUGUUUUGUGGGUACUAUUUAAUGAAGCUGCCAGUUGAGGACCUGUGAGGCGUCUGUUUCUCAAACUAGACACUAAUGUAUUUGUCCUCUUUUGCUCAGUUGUGCACCGGGGCCUCCCACUCCUCUUUCUAUUCUGGUUAGCGCCAGUUUGCGCUGUUCCGUGAAGGGAGUAAUACACAGUGUUGUACAAGAUCUUCAGUUUCUUGGCAGUUUCUCGCAUGGAAUAGCCUUCAUUUCUCAGAACAAGAAUAGACUGACGAGUUUCAGAAGAAAGUUAUUUGUUUCUGGCCAUUUUGAUUCUGUAAUCGAACCCACAGUUGCUGAUGCUUCAGAUACUCAACUAGUCUCAAGAAGGCCAGUUUUAUUGCUUCUUUAAUCAGCACAACAGUUUUCAGCUGUGCUAACAUAAUUGCAAAAGGGUUUUCUAAUGAUCAAUUAGCCUUUUUAAAAUGAUAAACUUGGAUUAGCAAACACAACGUGCCAUUGAACACAGGACUGAUGGUUGCUGAUAAUGGGCCUCUGUACGCCUAUGUAGAUAUUCCAUUAAAAAUCAGCCGUUUCCAGCUACAAUAGCCAUUUACAACAUGAACAAUGUCUACACUUUUUUUCUGAUCAAUUUGAUGUUAUUUUAAUGGACAAAAAAAUUGCUUUUCUUUCGAAAACAGGGACAUUUCUAAGUGACCCCAAAAUGUUGAAUGGUAGUGUAUACAUAUAAACUCAGCAAAAAAAGAAAUGUCCUUUCACUGUCAACUGCGUUUAUUUUCAGCAAACUUAACAUGUGUAAAUAUUUGUAUGAACAUAAGAUUCAACAACUGGGACAUAAACUGAACAAGUCCCACAGACAGAAAUUGAAUAAUGUGUCCCUGAACAAAGGGACGGUCAAAAUCUAAAGUAACAGUCAGUAUCUGGUGUGGCCACCAGCUGCAUUAAGUACUGCAGUGCAUCUCCUCCUCAUGGACUGCACCAGAUUUGCCUGUUCUUGCUGUGAGAUGUUACCCCACUCUUCCACCAAGGCACCUGCAAGUUCCCUGACAUUUCUGGGGGGAAUGGCCCUAGCCCUUACCCUCCGAUCCAACAGGUCCCAGACGUGCUCAAUGGGAUUGAGAUCUGGGCUCUUCGCUGGCCAUGGCAGAACACUGACAUUCCUGUCUUGCACGAAAUCACUCACAGAACGAGCAGUAUGGCUGAUGGCAUUGUCAUGCUGGAGGGUCAUGUCAGGAUGAGCCUGCAGGAAGGGUACCACAUGAGGGAGGAGGAUAUCUUCCCUGUAACGCACAGCGUUGAGAUUGCCUGUAAUAAUGACAAGCUCAGUCCGAUGAUGCUGUGACACACCGCCCCAGACCAUGAUGGACCCUCCACCUCCAAAUCGAUCCCGCUCCAGAGUACAGGCCUCGGUGUAACGCUCAUUCAUUCGACGAUAAACGUGAAUCCGACCAUCACCCCUGGUGAGACAAAACCGCGACUCGCCAGUGAAGAGCACUUUUUGCCAGUCCUGUCUGGUCAAGCGACGGUGGGUUUGUGCCCAUAGGCGACGUUGUUGCCGGUGAUGUCUGGUGAGGACCUGCCUUACAACAGGCCUACAAGCCCUCAGUCCAGACUCUCUCAGCCUAUUGCGGACAGUGUGAGCACUGAUGGAGGGAUUGUGCGUUCCUGGUGUAACUCGGGCAGUUGUUGUUGCCAUCCUGUACCUGUCCCACAGGUGUGAUGUUCGGAUGUACCGAUUCUGUGCAGGUGUUGUUACGCGUGGUCUGCCACUGCGAGGACAAUCAGCUGUCCGUCCUGUCUCCCUGUAGCGCUGUCUUAGGCAUCUCACAGUACGGACAUUGCGAUUUAUUGCCCUGGCCACACCUACAGUCCUCAUGCCUCCUUGCAGCAUGCCUAAGGCACGUUCACGCAGAUGAGCAGGGACCCUGGGCAUCUUUCUUUUGGUGUUUUUCAGAGUCAGUAGAAAGACAUCUUUAGGGUCCUAAGUUUUCAUAACAGUGACCUUAAUUGCCUACCGUCUGUAAGCUGUUAGUGUCUUACCGACCGUUCCACAGGUGCAUGUUCAUUAAUUGUUUAUGGUUCAUUGAACAAGCAUGGGAAACCGUGUUUAAACCCUUUACAAUGAAAAUCUGUGAAGUUAUUUGGAUUUUUACAAAUUAUCUUUGAAUGACAGGGUCCUGAAAAAGGGACAUUUCUUUUUUUGCUGAGUUUGUGUGUGUGUGUCUGUAUGUGUGUGUGUAUGUGUGUGUGUGUAUAUAUGUGUGUGUAUGUAUGUAUAUAUAUUAUUUGUGUGUGUGUAUGUAUACAUACAUACAGGUGAAGACGGAAGUUUACAUACAUCUUAGCCAAAUACAUUUAAACUCAGUUUUUCACAAUUCAUGACAUUUAAUCCUAGUAAGAAUUCCCUGACUUAGGUCAGUUAGGAUCACCACUUUAUUUUAAGAAUGUGAAAUGUCAGAAUAAUAGUAGAGAGAAUGAUUGCUUUAUUUCAGCGUUUAUUUCUUUCAUCACAUUCCCAGUGGGUCAGAAGUUUACAUACCCUCAAUUAGUAUUUGGUAACAUUGCCUUUAAAUUGUUUAACUUGGGUCAAACGUUUCGGGUAGCCUUCCACAAGCUUCCCACAAUAAGUUGGGUUAAUUUUGGCCCAUUCCUCCUGACAGAGCUGGUGUAACUGAGUCAGGUUUGUAGGCCUCCUUGCUCGCACACACUUUUUCAGUUAUGCCCACAAAUGUUCUAUAGGAUUGAGGUCAGGGCUUUGUGAUGGCCACUCCAAUACCUUGACUUUGUUGUCCUUAAGCCAUUUUGCCACAACUUUGGAAGUAUGCUUGGGGUCAUUGUCCAUUUGGAAGACCCAUUUGCGACCAAGCUUUAACUUCCUGACUGAUGUCUUGAGAUGUUGCUUCAAUAUAUCCACAUAAUUUUCCUUCCUCAUGAUGCCAUCUAUUUUGUGAAGUGCACCUGUCCCUCCUGCAGCAAAGCACCCCCACAGCAUGAUGCUGCCACCCCCGUGCUUCACGGUAGGGAUGGUGUUCUUCGGCUUGCAAGCCUUCCCCUUUUUCUCCAAACAUAACGAUGGUCAUUAUGGCCAAACAGUUAUGUUUGUUUCAUCAGACCAGAGGACAUUUCUCCAAAAAGUACGACCUUUGUCCCCAUGUGCAGUUGCAAACCGUAGUCUGGCUUUUUUGUGGCGGUUUUGGAGCAGUGGCUUCUUCCUUGCUGAGCAGCCUUUCAGGUUAUGUCGAUAUAGGACUUGUUUUACUGUGGAUAUAGAUACUUUUGUACCUGUUUCCUCCAGCAUCUUCACAAGGUCCUUUGCUGUUGUUCUGGGAGUGAUUUGCACUUUCCGCACCAAAGUACGUUCAUCUCUAGGAGAUAUAACGCGUCUCCUUCCUGAGCGGUAUGACGGCUGCGUGGUCCCAUGGUGUUUAUACUUGCAUACUAUUGUUUGUACAGAUGAACGUGGUACCUUCAGGCGUUUGGAAAUUGCUCCCAAGGAUGAACCAGACUUGUGGAGCUCUACAAUUUUUUUCCUGAGGUCUUGGCUGAUUUCUUUUGAUUUUCCUAUGAUGUCAAGCAAAGAGGCACUGAGUUUGAAGGUAGGCCUUGAAAUAUAUCCACAGGUACACCUCCAAUUGACUCAAAUGAUGUCAAUUAGCCUAUCAGAAGCUUCUAAAGCCAUGACAUCAUUUUCUGGAAUUUUCCAAGCUGUUUAAAGGCACAGUCAACUUAGUGUAUGUAAACUUCUGACCCACUGGAAUUGUGAUACAGUGAAUUAUAAGUGAAAUAAUAUGUCUGUAAACAAUUGUUGGAAAAAUUACUUGUGUCGUGCACAAAGUAGAUGUCCUAACCGACUUGCCAAAACUAUAGUUUGUUAACAAGAAAUUUGUGGAGUAGUGGAAAAAAUAGUUUUAAUGACUCCAACCUAAGUGUAUGUAAACUUCCGACUUCAACUGUACAUACAUACAUACAUACUGUACCAGUCAAAAGUUUGGACACACCUACUCAUUCCAGGGUUUUUCUUUAUUUGUACUAUUUUCUACAUUGUAGAAUAAUAGUGAAGAAAUCAAAACUAUGAAAUAUCACAUAUGGAAUCAUGUAGUAACCAAAAAAGUGUUAAACAAAUCAUAAUAUAUUUUAUAUUUGAGAUUCUUCUGCCUUGAUGACAGCUUUGCACCCUCUUGAAGUCUGGUUAUAGUGUCAGACUGUUGUCACUUGGACUGAUGUUUCACAUCUGCCUGUCUUUGUCAUUCCUCCGUCUCUCUUCCUCUGUCUCUCUUCCUCUGUACUCGCUCUCUCUACUUCUAUCUCUCUCCUUCUGGUUCCCUCUGUCUAUUUCUCCCUCUGUCUCUUUCUCCCUCUCCCUCUGUGUCUCUCACUCUUUCCUUUUCCCCUCUGUAUGUCUCUGUGUCUCUCUCAGGGUACUGGAGGAGGCAUCAGCCAGCCAGGCCAGUAGCAAGAAGGACAGUCGCGUCGACUUGUCCGGGAAGAAUCGCACCUACGACAUCCGCAUCGAGAACUUUGACGUGUCGUUUGGCGAGCGGUGAGUGGUUCACACUUAGGCUGCGUCCGAAAUGGCACCACAUCCCUAUUAAGUGCAGUACUUUUGACCAGGACCAGUACUUUUGACCAGGACCAGUACUUUUGACCGGGAUCUGCGAGCUAUAUAUGGUAAGGUGCCAUUUGGGAUGAAGCCAACUCAUUCAUUCUCCUACUGGAGCAGGUGGUUCAUUCUAAUCAGCAUCAUGCAAUGCUUCCACCAGUAUUUAGCUGGUAUUUAAAAGGAGUUGAUGUGGUUAUGAUAGUUACUUUCUGCAAAUGUCUUUAAAGAAUUCAACACAACUACCUGAUAUCAAAUGGUGCAUAGCAGUGCUUGUUUAAAUGAACCGCAAACAACUGAGUAAAUCAUAGAUUAUUACUGUGUAAUUACCCUUUUAUUAUGUCAUCUCUUAGUUAAUACCAGACAGUGAGAGAGCGACAAAGAGAGUAGGAGAGAGACAGAGACAUGUCUUAGUCUGUACCGUAAAGCAAUGUGCAAGCAACUUGUCUCUCUCUGCUUUUCCAGGUCCUUGCUGCAGGGGGCAGAGCUGUCUCUGUCGACAGGUCGCCGCUACGGCCUGAUUGGCCGCAAUGGCCUUGGGAAGACCACACUGCUGAAGAUGCUGGCAAGCCGCAGCCUGCGCGUCCCCGCCCACAUCACGAUCCUGCACGUGGAGCAGGAGGUCGCUGGCGACGACACCGGUGCGUUGCAGAGCGUGCUGGAGAGCGACACGGUCCGGGAGGGGCUCCUGACGGAGGAACGCCUGCUCAAUGCGCGCAUCGCCAACGGAACGUACGUCAGUCUUCCUUAACCAAAUACUCCCCAAAGCUGUCAACGGAGGGGUCAUAUUGGAAGGAGUCAAUACUGGCAGCCUUUGCCGAUUUAAAUGUUAUUGUUGUUGUUGCAGGAUUUUUACACUUUUGGGUUUGAACCGCAUCAGUCACUAAACCUGUCGUUUAUUCUAUUCCAUUUUAGUGCUGAAGGAAUGGAGACUGUUCGACUGUCGGAGAUCUACGCUAAACUGGAGGAGAUUGAAGCAGACAAGGCACCUGCCCGGUAAAGAGCCACACUAAACAUGUCUGCAUAUAAUAACUCCCGAGUGGCGCAGUGGUCUAAGGCUGUGCCACUAGAGAUCCUGGUUCGAAUCCAUGCUCUGUCGUAGCCGGCAGCGACCGGGAGACCCAUGGGGCGGCGCACAAUUGGCCCAGCGUCUUCCAGGGUAUUGGAGGGAAUGGCCGGCAGGGAUGUAGCUCAGUUGGUAGAGCAUGGCGUUUGCAACGCCAGGGUUGUGGGUUCGUUUCCCACGGGGGGGGGGGGGGGAGUAUGAAAAAAAACUCACUUAACUGUAAGUCGCUCUGGAUAAGAGCGUCUGCUAAAUGACUAAAAUGUAAAUGUAUAAUGUCAUAUCUGUGUUUUACGUUACAUUAGCAGUGCAUUUAUAUGUAUACAUAAUGCCAUUGGUGUGUAUACUGUACAACAGACGACUAUGCACGUUGCAGUAUAAUUGUAGCAGGAGUGUAUGCAUUUGAUGAUUUGAUGAGUUGAUUGUUUGCUGUUUCUCUCUCUCUCUCUUAUACAGAGCUUCAAUCAUCCUAUGUGGCUUAGGUUUUUCUCCCAAAAUGCAAACACAGACAACCAAGUAAGUUCUGUCUGUCUGUCUCUGUCUGUCUCUGUCUCUGUCUGUCUGUGAUUAACUGAUCUCUCUGUGUGUGUUCUCUUCACAGGGAGUUUUCUGGAGGGUGGAGAAUGAGAUUAGCUCUGGCUAGAGCGCUCUUCGCCAAGUGAGUCUCACUUCUUUUAUCCAAAGGAUAGAGAUUAUAUUAGAAUAUUUAUGUACAUUUAUAAAUCUCCUAUGAGUUAUUUCCUGAAUCUCAAUGUAUAGACCAUACAUUCAACAGACAGUUUAUCAAGACAUAAAUGUGGCGCUGCUAAAUAUUGUUAAGCUUCAAGUUUCUAAAUAAUGUGUAUAUUUUGUAUUUUAUCUCUUUUUAGGCCUGAUCUUUUGUUACUUGAUGGUGAGUGAUUAAACCACAUUAAGUAUUUUAGUUUUGAGGAUCUUUGAACAGUUCAAUGGUGUCCAGUAGUCAGCGCAAACGCCCUCUGACUGUCUGUCUCUGUCUUUCUCUCUGUUUGUUUCUCAGAGCCCACCAACAUGUUGGAUGUCCGAGCCAUUCUCUGGCUGGAGAAUUACCUGCAGGUAGGUUACUCCUGCUUACCGACACUCGUAAAAUUGCCGAAUCCAGUUCGGUGCCCUUCUUCCACCAUAUUUCUUCCUCAAGUCCAGGGCAAGGGGUGUGAAUGAGUUUCAAAACAGGAACAUACGUUAUGUUGUUUUAAUUUCCAGAAUGUGGUGGGUAAUUCAACUUUGCUUUCAACUUUUGCCUCUGGGGGUGUUCUUGAGAGAAAAGGGGUCCGCUAAAUUGGCAGGAAGGGACACCUGCUCACGCCCAGAGCAACGCAUACAUGGUUGGCCUCAAAUGGAUUGUGUGGUAUCAAGAGUUAUGAAAUUGCAAACAACACUCAAGCCAAAAUGUGACUUAAAGGUUGUGUCCCAAUAAUAUUUCCCUUCUCCUGAAAUGUGCACUCAUUCAAUACUUCCUACAAAUCUAAAGACAUUGGAUUAGUGGAGGCAUGGGCUAGGUGGAGUUACCACCAUAUUUCUUAUACCAGUUAUUUCCUUUCAAAUCAGUGAAUGGAAGUGAACGAGUGCACACUUUGGGAGGAAGGAGAGAUAAUUGUGACAUAGCUAAAGCAUGAGCAACAAGUUACAUUUCCAUAUUGCCUGUUUAACUCCUCCGCCCCCCACAGACCUGGCAGACCACCAUCCUGGUGGUGUCCCACGACCGGAACUUCCUCAACGCCGUGGUGACUGACAUCAUCCACCUGCACUCGCAGCGGCUGGAGAGUUACCGCGGCGACUACGAGAACUUUGUCAAGACCAAAGAGGACCGCCUGAAGAACCAGCAGAGGGAGUACGAGGCCCAGUUUCAGUACAGAGAGCACAUCCAGGUUAGGAACCCACCCACAGUUUCAGUACAGAGAGCACAUCCAGGUUAGGAACCCACCCACAGUUUCAGUACAGAGAGCACAUCCAGGUUAGGAACCCACCCACAGUUUCAGUACAGAGAGCACAUCCAGGUUAGGAACCCACCCACAGUUUCAGUACAGAGAGCACAUCCAGGUUAGGAACCCACCCACAGUUUCAGUACAGAGAGCACAUCCAGGUUAGGAACCCACCCACAGUUUCAGUACAGAGAGCACAUCCAGGUUAGGAACCCACCCACAGUUUCAGUACAGAGAGCACAUCCAGGUUAGGAACCCACCCACAGUUUCAGUACAGAGAGCACAUCCAGGUUAGGAACCCACCCACAGUUUCAGUACAGAGAGCACAUCCAGGUUAGGAACCAACACAUUUUCUCUCGCAUUGAGGUACGCACAGACAAGCUAAAAGGCCUAUGGCAAGCGUAAAAACAAUGCACUUUCUAAGCAUUUGUCUUUUGCUGAUUAGUGUGUUUAUUUUAUAUGAUCUUGAUAUGCCAAACGUAUCAACGUCCUGCUAAAUACUUAUUUGAUUAUAUAAUAUAGUACCUUAUUACUAUAUAUUAUAAUUGUGGAUUGAUCACCUCCCUCUGUGUCCCAGGUGUUUAUCGACCGGUUCAGAUACAACGCCAACAGAGCGGCACAGGUGCAGAGCAAACUGAAGCUCUUAGAAAAACUGUGAGUAACCAUCUAUUUCAAAAAUAAAAUGUUAACUCGCACCCCACCCUGCUUUCUCUCAUUGAGUGCUCCUGGGAAUUACAGCCUUAAAGUCCAUUUCAUUGUAAAGGAUAACUCCCAUCUUGCAUGGGGAAUGGUCAUUGUAAAGAAUAUCUAUCGUGGUCAUCCGUCGUCCAUUCCCUCGCUGCUCUUCUCUCCUGCAGGCCUGAACUCAAACCUCUGGAGAAAGAAACCGAAGUCACCUUAAAGUAAGAGACCGCUCCUCCUGUCCCGAAUGAAGUCUGGUUUCAAUUCUCAUAUUCAUCUGAGAGCUAACGUGUGUGUGUUUGUCCACAGGUUCCCUGAUAACUUUGAGAAGCUGUCCCCCCCAGUGCUCCAGUUAGAUGAAGUGGAGUUCUACUAUAACCCUGACCAGCGCCUCUUCACACAGCUGUCUGUGUCUGCAGACCUGGAGUCUCGCAUCUGCAUUGUACGUAUUAAACACGCUGCUCUCAAUCCUGAUAACUAGCUUGAUUGAUACAAGUUCUAAAUCACAUGCAUUGCUAAUAGUUAGGGAUGCAUAAUUAUUAUAAUUGUUCUAUUUUUUGUUUAUUGUAUUUUACACCCUUUUUCUCCCCAAUUUCGAUCUUGUCUCAUCGCUGCAACUUCCCAAUAGGCUCGGGAGGCAAAGGUCGUGUCAUGUGUCCUCCGAAACAUGACCCGCCAAACUGUGCUUCUUAACACCUGCCCGCUUAACCUGGAAGCCAGCCGCACCAAUGUGUCGGAGGAAACGCUGUUCAACUGCUGACCGAAGUCAGCCCGGCCCGCCACAAGGAGUCGCUAGAGCGCGAUGAGCCUAGUAAAGCCCCCACGGCCAAACCCUCCCCUAACCCGGACGACGCUGGGCCACUCGGGAGGCCCCCUAAUAUUGUACUUUAAACCUGUGAAACACUUCCACAGCUAAUGCUCUGUGCUAAAGCAGUACAUACAGUCGCUCUCUUGCUCUCUCUCAGGUGGGUGAGAACGGGGCGGGUAAAUCCACCAUGCUCAAGCUACUGAUGGGAGAGUUGGCGCCUGUCAACGGCAUCAGACACGCCCAUCGGUGAGUGUGUCCACAGGCUCCCUUAUACAUUUCAGAAGCUGUGUGUGUGUGUGUGUGUGUGUGCACGUGCAGGGGAGUAAACAACAGCUUUAUUUCCCUUUCUCGCUCAGGAACCUGAAGAUCGGUUACUUCAGUCAGCACCAUGUGGAUCAACUGGACCUCAACGUGUGUUCAAUUGAGCUGCUACUCAACAAAUUCCCAGGUGACCACCACUACCACCAAAACAUACCAAUACUGAUCAUUAUCAAAGCCCGGGCUUUGUUCAUUAGGCACCAAAUGCAAAGAAAACUGAUUGGAACAGGGACGGGCUACCUGGACUUGGUCCAAUAAGAAAUGCCCAGUUUUUUCGUUGUGUGGCCUAAUGAACACAACCCUGGUGGUUGUUACGGAUCCCUAUAGACAGGUUAGCUGACAACGUCACAAAAACAAUGCGCUCGCUUCAAUGGGGCAAAAGCAGUGUGUUGUGAUUCUGGAUGGCCAGAUAGCUAGCAACAAUGACAAGAACGCUGCCAUGUGGGGAAUCGUAGGUGGCUCGUUUCAGCUAGUUUUAUCUUGUUUUGAGGUGUUUUGACUGAUGUCAUGUCUAUGCUAAUAUGGCUAAGAUUCGCUAGCUAGCUAACCAAGAACUGUAAAGAUGUAUUUGAGAGACAACAAGUGCUCAUUGUGCAAAUGUAUUUAUGUUUUCAAUAAACAUUGGAGACUAAUUAUAAUUUACAUUCUGGCAACAAUCUAAGCCAACCCUGUCUGUUUUGGCCCAUGUUGCUUAACAACCAACCCAUCUAUAGCCUGCAAUCUUUGUCAUCUGUAACCCCUUUUUUCUCUCUCUCCCACCCAGGUCGUAACGAGGAGGAGUACAGGCACCAGCUGGGUGGCUAUGGGAUAACAGGGGAGCUGGCCACUCGGCCGGUGGCCAGUCUAUCAGGAGGGCAGAAGAGCCGGGUGGCCUUCGCCCAGAUGACCAUGCCUUGGUAAUGUAUUUUAUUAUUACACAUUGUCAAAUUGUCAUUUUGUGGUAGUAAACUGGUUUUAGUUGAGUUGAAAAAACGUCAUUGUACAAGCAGUAUACAACCUCCUGACCAUGACGUCUAAUAAUGGUAAUGUAACCAUCUCUCUAUCCUUCAGAUGUUAAACAGACUGGUAGUUGUUGCAAGAGUAGGGAUGUUAACCCCAGUGUCUGGGCUAAAUUCCCUAAUGGCCCCUCUUACCACCACAGCCACCUAAUCAUCAUCCCCAGCUUCCAAUUGGCUUGUUCAACCCCUUUUCUCUCCCCUGUAACUCAUCUCCAGGUCGUUGCUGUAAAUGAGAAUUUGUUUUCAGCCAACUUACCUUGUAAAUACAAAAUAUACUGUACAUCUGUCAAACUGCCCUGAUAACACUAGGAACAGAACUGGAGAGAGAGGACAUGAAAGAACGCUAUUCAUUUUGGGAAGUGUCAAGAUCCUAAUGAUGAGAUGGUCAUAAUCAGUCGCAGAAUUUGUUAUUAUUAGGAUUGCCGGCAGCAAAGCACCCCUAAUAAAAUGGUCGGAAUAGCUCGUCGGAAUAGCUCAAUGCCCGAUUGGUAUUUUUAAAAUACUUUGGCUACAUCAACAUCACUACUCAGACAACAAAAACGGCAACCAAUUGGCCCAUAGGUGGCGCUGUAUUAAAUAUUUAAAGUCUAAGGUUCAGCCCCACUGCCCCGUUUGACGUACAACCACGAAAUUUGGUAUAUCAGUGUUUCUCAUCUUAAGGAACAAAUUUGCUGCAAGGACCCAUGAGGUCGGCCAUAUUGAAUUUUUAUCAAAUCUUCAAAGAUCUUCUUCACAUGAACCGCAUAUCCAGUAGACUUGACUCGAAACUCAGAAUGUAUGUUGAUCAUAUCAGUCUCUACUAAGUUUGAGAAAAGCAUCAAAAGAUGGAAGAGGAAAUGGCAACUUUGUAAAAAAUAUUAAUAACUUCACUUGUCUUCGCUCGAUCACCUUGAAACUGAUUAAGGGUCUUGACGACACUAGUAGGAAGGUGUAUUUCAAAGCAGGUGUUGAUAUAAAAAAAAAAAAACGGAAGCAGCAAGCAAUUCAGUUGUGAACCUCAAACAGCUAGCAUUUAUGCUAAUGCUAAAAAGAUUUUACAAUUCUUCAAAUGAAGUCUCGGGAUUUGGCGACUACAGUGUUUGUUAGUUCCUACAAAGUUUGCAAAGGAAUAAUUGCUACGUCAAAAAUAGCCACUUCAUGGCGCUAUAAAUAAUUUACUAUUAUAUUUUGUGAACACUUGCACAUAGUAAUUUGAAUUGUUACAUGUACAAGGAUGUAUAAUGCUUCAAUGCAGCCGUCUCUUUCAGUCUGCUCAUAAGCCAGCACCAGCACCCCGUUUCAUUGGUGCUGGCAGCUAUAUUUGUUUCUCUCUUUCUCACGUUUUCUCUCUUUCUCUCUCAGUCCAAACUUCUAUAUCCUUGACGAGCCGACCAAUCACCUGGACAUGGAAACGAUCGAGGCUCUAGCGAAAGCGCUCAACAAAUUCAAAGUAAGCUUGUUUCACUGGAAGUCGCAGAGAAAAUGUCCUUUAUUUAUCUUAGUGUUAAUCAGUAGAGUAAAUCUGGAUAAACUGUAAUUCAUGGAUCGGUUUUCUUUAAACAGCCACUAUAAGCUUCUUUUGGCCACCACUAGCUAACAAUCAAUGGAAGUGAUAGCACUUGAACACUUGAAGUUUUAAUGUGCGUAUAUACCAUUUAACUCUCUCCUCAGGGUGGGGUGGUCCUUGUCUCUCACGACGAGCGUCUGAUCCGGCUGGUGUGCAGAGAGCUGUGGGUCUGUGAGCACGGGAACGUGCGGCGAGUGGAGGGGGGCUUCGACGAGUACCGGGAUAUCUUGCAGGAACAGUUCCGCAAGGAGGGCUACCUGUGA